AUGAAAACUGCAGCUACUUCAUCAAGACUCAUUUCAGACAUCUCUAAUGACAACAAUGAAAAGCUUCAUGCAAUAACAACAGCUGGCCUUUCUACUACAAGCCCUUCUACUACAAGCCCUUCCACUACAAACCCUUCUACUAAAAGCUCUUCUACUACAAACCCUUUUACUGCAAGCAAUUCUUUACCUUCUACUACAAGCCCUUCUACUACAAGCCCUUCCACUACAAACCCUUCUACUAAAAGCUCUUCAACUACAAACCCUUUUACUGCAAGCAAUUCUAUACCUUCUACUACAAGCCUUUCUACUACAAGCCCUUCAACUGCAAGCAGUUCUAGCCCUUCUACUACAAGACCUUCUAGCCCGUCCACUACAAACCCUUUUACUAAAAGCUCUUCUACUACAAACCCUUCUACUGCAAGCAGUUCUAUACCUUCUACUACAAGCCCUUCUACUACAAGCCCUUUUACUACAAGCUCUUAUACUACAAGCCCUUCUAGCUCUUCUACUGCAAGCCCAUCUAGCCCUUAUAUUACAAGCCCUUCUAGCCUUUCUACUACAAGCCCUUCUACUACAAGCCUGUCUAGCCCUUCUACUGCAAACCCAUCUAGCCCUUCUACUACAAGCCCUUCUACUACCAUCCCUACAAGCCCUUCUAAUACAAGCCCGUCUACUACAAGCACUUCUAGCCCUUCUACUACAAGCCCUUCUACUACAAGCCCUUUUACUACAAGCUCUUAUACUACAAGCCCGUCUAGCCCUUUUCAUACAAGCCCUUCUAGCCCUUCUACUACAAGCCCUUCUAGCCCUUCUACUGCAAGCACUUCUAGCCCUUCUACUACAAGCCCAUCUAGCCCUUCUACUGCAAGCCCUUCUAUUACCAUCCCUUCUAGCCCUUCUACUACAAGACCUUCUACUACAAGCGAUUCUAGCCCUUUUACUCCAAGCCCGUCUAACCCUUCUACUACAAGCCCUUCUACUGCAAGCACUUCUAGCCCUUCUACUACAAGCCCUUCUAGCCCUUCUACUCCAAGCCUGUCUAGCCCUUCUACUACAAGCCCUUAUAGCCCUUCUACUACAAGCCCUUCUACUGCAAGCCCUUCUACUACAAGCCCUUCUACUACAAGCCCUUCUAGCCCUUCCACUACAAACCCUUCUACUACAAGCCCUUCUACUACAAGCCCUUCUACUGCAAGCAGUUCUAGCCCUUCUACUACAAGACCUUCUAGCCCUUCUACUACAAGCCCUUCUACUGCAAGCACUUCUAACCCUUCUACUACAAGCCCUUUGACUACAAGCCCUUCUACUGCAAGCCCUUUUACUACAAGCCCUUCUAGACCUUCUACUACAAGCCCUUCUAGCCCUUCCAGCCCUUCCACUACAAACCCAAGCAGUUCUAUAUCUUCUACUACAAGCCCUUCUACUGCAAGCAGUUCUAGCCCUUCUACUAAAAGCCCUUUUAGCCCUUCUACUACAAGCCCUUCUAGCCCUUCUACUACAAGUCCUUCUACUAUAAGCCCUUCUACUGCAAGCAGUUUUAUCCCUUCUAUUACAAGCCUUUCUACUACACUCCCUUCUACUACAAGCCCUUCUAGCCCUUCUACUACAAACCCUUCUAGCCUUACUACUACAAGCCCUUCUACUGCAAGCCCUUCUACUACAGGCCCCUCUACUGCAAGCGCUUCUAGCCCUUCGACUACAAGCCCUUCUACUACAGGCCCUUCUACUGCAAGCGCUUCUAACCCUUCUACUACAAGCACUUCUAUUACAAGCCCUUCUACUGCAAGCCCUUCUAGCCCUUCUACUGCAAGCCCUUCUAGCCCUUCUACUGCAAUCAUGUCUAGCUCUUCUGCUACAAGCCCUUCUAGCUCUUCUACUGCAAGCAUGUCUAGCUCUUCUACUACAAGCCCUUCUACUACAAGCCCUUCUAGGCCUUCAACUACAAGCCCUUCUAGGCCUUCUACUGCAAGCCCUUCUAGCCCUUCUACUACAAGCCCUUCUACUGCAAGCCCUUCUACUACAAGCCCUUCUAGCUCUCCUACUGUAAGCACUUCUCGUCCUUCUACUUCAAGCACUUCUACAAGCCCUUCUUCUACAAGCUUUUCUACUACAAGCCCUUCCACUGCAAGCAGUUCUAUCCCUUCCACUACAAGCCCUUCUAGCCCUUCUACUACAAGCCCUUCUAGCUCUUCUACUGCAAGCACUUCUAGCCCUUCUACUACAAGCGUUUCUAGACUUUCUACUACAAGCUCUUCUACUACAAGCCUGUCUAGCUCUUCUACUACAAGCCCUUCUACUACAAGCCCUUCUAGGCCUUCAACUACAAGCCCUUCUAGGCCUUCUACUACAAGCCCUUCUAGGCCUUCUACUACAAACCUGUCUAGCCCUUCUACUACAAGCCCUUCUAGCCCUUCUACUACAAGCCCUUCUACUACAAGCGAUUCUAGCCCUUCUACUCCAAGUCCGUCUAGCCCUUCUACUACAAGUGAUUCUAGCCCUUCUACUCCAACGAAAAACAUAUCAACUAAUGUCUCGAUACCAUUGCCUACAAGUAGUAAAGCUGGGUCUAGUUUAGCAUUAGAAGGCAGAAGUGAGCUUAUUUCUGUAAGAGCUAUCAAUGUACCCUCUACUGUUCCAACAAUUACAGGUACAUCAAAUAAUUCCACUAAAUCAGUACCUACUACAGUGGCAGCUACACAGCUUUCUAAUGUAAAAACAACUACAACAAUAUCAUUUCGAGCCCCUACUGUACAAUUUAACACAACUGCCUUUACUACAGUACCAAAAACAAUGAUAAAUUCUACCACUACAAGAAAACCUACUACAGUGAACAUGGCUGGAGCUUUGCUUCCAACUACAACAAUAACAACUUUAGAUAUUGAUUCUACUAAAACAAGAACUACAAUAUCAUCUAAUGCCACUUCACCUACAAGCAAAACCAUGGUAACUACUACUUCAGCACAAAACACAAUAAUAUCAUUUAAUGCCACCACAUUACAAUCUUCUGCAGUGGCAAGAUCAUUAUCUGGCGCCAAUACAUUAAACUCCACUACCAGUACAACUACAGGACACGCUACUUCCACACCAGCUACACAGGUAUAUAAUGCUUCUACUACAAACUUCAACCCAACUACAAUACUAUCUAAUAGUACUUCUAUCAUGAAUCCUCCCACAGUUGCAGAAGAGGGACUUUCUACAAGAUUAUCAGCUGAUAUAACCAAGGCAAAUAAUUCAUAUACAUCAAACACCACCACAAUGGCACCAGAGAAUAAUUCUUCUAUAAAAUCACUAAACAUUUUAUCAAACAAUGCCAGUAGGCCACAGUCUACUCCAUCAGCAAUUACAAUGCUUUUUAAUUCAGCCUCAACAACAAUAAAAUCAUUGGACACCAGUACUACCAAGACUACUCCAAGCGUGAGAACUGCGCCUUCUACUUCUAUAGGAUCACUGAACUCUACAUCAACUACAUUUUUUGCAAUAAACACAACAAAGCUGUCUCAGGAACCUGCUAAUGGGACAAAAUCAAGCGCAACAUCUGUUGUAAACUCCCCUUCAACAUCUACUCAUUCUUCAGUAUCAAUGCCUUAUACAAUGGAAACAACUGACCUUAACUCAGGAGCAACUUCUGCAACUGCUACAUCGGAGGCAUCUAAUACAACAAAUAAAAUUGUGUCACUUGAUUCAUCUACAUCAGAACAAACAGCAAGUGCAACACCAGCAAAGGAGGAACCUGACAAUCAUCUCCCAAUACCAAGCGCAAGUUCUGUUGUAGAAUCUACUACAUCUACUAAUUCCUCAGCACCAAUACCUACUACAAUGGAAACAACUGACCUUACCUCAGGAGCAACUUCUUCAUCGGAGGCAUCUAAUACAGAAACAAAUAAAAUUGCGUCACUUGAUUCAUCUACAUCAGAACAAACAACAAGUGCAACACCAGCAGAGGAGGAACCUGACAAUGAUCUCCCAAUACCAAACGCAACUUCUGUGGUAGAAUCUACUACAUCUACUAAUUCCUCAGCACCAAUUACAAUGGAAACAACUGACCCUGCCUCAGGAGACAUUUCUGAAACUGCUGAUAUGGAGCUGUUUUACAGAGGAGCAGAUGAAAUGGAGCUACUAGAUGCGUCGCUAUUAGAAGAAAUUAGAAAUAAUGCGCCAAUACAGAAAGAACUUGACAUAGAGUUCGGAAACAGAGCUCUUUUACCUGCGUCGAUGAAUGCACCAAGCAGCGCUGUGCUGAGUUUUCAGAGUAAUGACCCCCUGGACUCUUCUGAUGUAAUACAAGCAAUUGUAAGAAAGGUUUGUUCCAUGUUUCCACCAGACAGUCCCAAAGGGGACAUCACACUGACCUGGGGCCCGGACAGGACAUCAGUCAACUGCGCCUCCUUCAUGUAA